GGCGUGGGGAGCGUCAGCGGCUGACGGAGCGCUGCUCUCACCCUCACCUCCGUUCAGGAAGUACCCGGACGGCGGCUAUAGGACAAUAGGCGGUCGGCGCCGGGCGGAGAGCGGACGCCUACACCAAGGCCGCCGCCGGGCCGGGUGCGGCCGGGGCCCUUUAUAAGUGCGCCGGCCGAUGGAGCUCUCAUACUUGUCCCGGACACCCGGCCUCAACACCACCAUGAUCGGAAAGCUGGUUCUCCUCGGAGCGAUCGGAGCCGUCCUGGCGCAGAGCAGCCAGGACGUGGCCAUCCUCAACGAGAGCCGCUCCGCCGACGUGUCCGGCAAGUACGACUUCGGGUUCGCCUCGGAGGACGGCACGGCGCGCGUCGAGACCGCCGGCGACGACGGCGAGGUCAGCGGACAGUACCAGUACGUCGACGCCGACGGCCAGAACGUCGUCGUCAAGUACACCGCCGGCAAGAACGGCUUCCAGGUCUCCUCGCCCAUCCUGCCGAAGGCGCCCGAGCCGCUGCCGGCCCCGCAGCCCCAGCCGUCUCCGGCCCCUCAGCAGCAGUUCGACGCCCCUCAGCAGCAGUUCGCGCCCCAGCAGCAGCAGCAGUUCGCGCCCCAGCAGCAGCAGCAGCAGUUCGCUCCGCAGCAGCAGCAGCAGUUCGCUCCGCAGCAGCCGCAGUUCCGCGCGCCUCAGCCGCAGCAGUUCGCCGCUCCUCAGCAGCAGUUCCCUGCUCCUCAGCAGCAGCAGUUCCCCCAGCAGUUCCAGGCUCCCCAGCAGUUCCCUCAGCAGUUCCAGACCCGUCAGCAGUUCCCUCAGCAGUUCCAGGGUUCCCAGCAGUUCCCUCAGCAGUUCCGGGCUCCCCAGCAGUUCCCCCAGCAGUUCCAGGGACCCCAGCAGUUCCAGGCUCCUCAGCAGUUCAGGGCUCCCCAGCAGUUCCCCCAGCAGUUCCAGGCUCCUCAGCAGUUCCCCCAGCAGGUCCAGGCUCCCCAGCAGUUCCAGGCUCCUCAGCAGUUCCCCCAGCAGGUCCGUGCUCCCCAGCAGGCAGCCCCUGCUCCCGCCGCUGCUGGUGUCCCUGCUGCCCCCCGUUUUCCCGCCGGGGUCGACCCCAGCGACUGCCCCCAGUACCCUAACUGCCCCAUUCCCCUGACGGCGUAAGCGGACUGAAAUGUAAACCUAUCGUCAAUCGACAACAUGCUGUGAAUUUUAGUAUUGUGACUGAGGGAGGAACACUCCGACAUGUCAUUAUUGAUGAAAUGUGUUUUAUUGUGAAUCAUAAUAAAACGUAUUUUGUUUUGUA